AUGGGACUACCUCUCGAGGGGGUCGUGGAAAUUCUGAAACCGGUGCAAAUUGACGUGAAUGGCGGUUGGUCGGCGUGGUCAACGUGGACUGGCGCCUGUUCCGCAGACUGCGUGGCGCUGCGCCGAGCACUCGAGAACAACGCCGGCUCGGAAGUGAUCCCACGGCUGCGGCGAAUACGAACCUGUAACAAUCCAGCACCCCUCAACGGUGGAGCGUAUUGUUCUGGCGAAGAAGAGGUAACCAGCGUCCCAGAAGUUGCACCUUGUCUCCGACUAAAUGGAUGUUUUCAGGAAUUCCGCUCCUGCAAUCUCACCUGCCGUUUGGACGGUCGAUGGUCAUUGUGGUCCGACUGGUCACCUUGUUCACCUACCUGUCACCGAUUUCGUACCAGGACCUGCACAUCGCCACCUCCAAUCAAUGGCGGACGGCCAUGUGUGGGACGUGAACUGGAGACUGUGCCAUGCAGUGAUGACUACUGUAUUCCAUCCUCUGCACCACAACCUCGGCUGACCAACGAUGCGGCGGUCUACGCCGGCCUGGCUUGCGUUUUGGUACUGCUGGCCAUCAUUAUGGCCCUGUGUACCGCGCUUCUUUGCAAGAGGAACCGUGGUAAAAAGGGCAGUGUGAAGAACAUCUACUAUGCAGAAAAUGGAGCUCAUGUCCGACGCGUCCUCCUCGAACAACAACAAAAAGCUCUGCUAGCCGACGAAUGUAUAAAGCCGCCACCGAUUGGUUCGCAGUUCUUCACACUUGGAAGUACGUGUUCUCCAUCGCCUAUGCAUCCUUCAAUGACACUACGCUCAGGAAAAAGCGCCUACAGUGGAUAUUCUGCGAAUCGAAACGCGGGUACGCUGGUUGAAUCAGCGCUGUCGUCGGUGGUGGUACUCGGCGAGUGCGAGGGUGAGCCAACCACUCCGGCUCGGCUCCUGCUGAAGCCUUUGAUUCUCUCGAUUCGGCACUGUGCUUCGGUGUUUCCCCGUGACAACUGGUCCUUACUGUACGCGGACGAAGGAUUCGGCUGGCAACGAGUGUUGACUGUUGGUGAGGAGAAUCUGAACUCGACGAUGUACGUUCAUAUGGAGAAGCCGGGCCGAGCUGAUGGUGGAAUGGGCUGGUGUCAUGUAAUGCUGGACAGCUUUGCCAGAGUGAUGCUAGCCGGUCGACCACGACGAGCCUCAGCCACUGCGUGCAAACGGGUUCACCUGGCUGCCUACGGACCAUCGGAGCGACCUCGGACGUCAAGCUUCGAGCUGAGGGUCUACUGCGUGCCGGAGACUGGAGCCGCGAUGGAAAGCGUCGCAAAGCAAGAACAGCAUGGACGGCUUCUGGCAGAAUCGGAGCACUUUUUGCUGAAUGAGAAAGGCGACCUCUGUUUCUGCGUUGAAGAUGUCUCCGAGGGCUUCUCAACACGUGGAUCAGCGCUCGUGGAAAUUCCGGACACCCAUCACCAAUGGUGCAGCCAAAACGGUCUGCAUUGCUCCAUCACAGUGUGCAGCGACAUGAAGAGGCCGGCGGACAACUUCAUGGCUCGGAUUGUCGUCUACCAGAAAACGAACAAUGCCGAACGGCAUGUGUUGCAAGUGCGAUUCGAGAACAGCAUCUACGACAAGCCACCAGCUGAAGAGGACCGUGUCGUUACGACGGACUUUAAUCUUCCUGUCGAGGUGAAAGACGAGUUAUCUCAACUGCUCGAUCCUCCCACCGAUCCGGAUCGCGAUUGGCGAGGUCUGGCUAAGAAGCUUCACACAGACCGCUAUAUCCAGUACUUUGCCACUCGUCCUGGCUGCUCUCCAACGACAUUGCUGCUCGAUCUGUGGGAAGCAAGGGAAUGUGGUUCAUUACGAGCCGCUCAUGACUUGCUGCAGACGUUGCGGGUGAUGGGACGACCGGACGCUGUUGCACUGCUCGAGCAGUACCUCUCACAUUUCUCAUACGUUACCUAA